UGAAUGCAUCACCGAAGAAGAGGUGUUUAAGCGACGUUUGUGUACAUGGGUUAAAACACAUCCUUUCCUGCAAAGAGCCCUAAAGGUGUGCCGAGGUGUGUUCACAUGGGAUUUCCAGAGAGGAUUUGAAAUGCGGCACAGGUCCAGCGGUUCCGGUAAACUAAUAUAUGCUGAAAUAUGGUGGAUUAACGUUUCACUGAUUCGUAACAUUUGAACUGCAAGUAACGUUGCUUCGGUAACGCGUUCGUGUCGCCUCUCCCGUUCGGUUCAAAAGUACAACUAACGUCAGGUCAACUCGUUUAUGUGAGAGUGCACCGGGUCAAAGGGUGUUUUACCGCACAAUACAGCGUUACACCGCGAUCCUUUCGCGGUUUGACUCCGGCCCGAGUUUUUUUUGCCGCCAGACACUCGUUACUUUAUAAACGGCGUGUUAUGCAAGACGCAAAAAUGAGUGGGAGAGAAGAAACGGCCCCAGAAACUCGCCCCGGGGGUUCGCUUCCCAGCCGGGAUGACGUCGCUGAGCAACAGAAGAGGACGAAAACUAUUUACAUCGUUUACGUCAUCGCUGCUUUGGAUAUUACAUGGAUGUUUCUACAGUUUUCUGUCACCCCUUAUUUGGCAAAGAAACUUGGCUUCAACACCUUGUGGUUUGGUUAUUUGCAAACCACGGUUGGUGUUAUCCAGCUGUGCGGGGGUCCCAUGUUUGGAAGGUUCGGAGAUAUUUUCGGGGCACGAGCAGCUUUGUCUCUGGCGUGUUCUUCCACAGUCGUUUUCUUUCUGCUGCUGGCCAUAGCAGAGAAUCCCGCCAUGCUGUUUAUCCACAAACUCCCCACAAUCUUCAUGCACGUUGUACCCGCCUGUCAGAUGGUCGUUGCCGACCUCUCAGCACCUGAGAAACGGGCCGACGCUCUGUCCAAACUGGGGCUGUGUUUCGGCGUCGGCAUGAUAGCCGGCUCCACAUUGGGCGGCCAUCUGAACACACGCUUCGGGGAGACAUUUACUGCUGGUUUUGGAGCUGUGGGGAGUACCUUCAGUUUACUGUUGGUUUUAAAGUUUAUCCCCAAAACGACCAAAUCUCAAGCUCCAACACCGGGCAGAGACAGCGAGAACAAAAGCAAGUCGAUAUUCAACGUGGGGGAGAUCACCAGACUGCUGAAGUUUCCUGGUGUGAAGCGGACUUUUCUGGUGAAGAUAGUUGCCGGUUUGCCAUCAGGCAUCUUUCAGGUGAUGUUUUCCAUCAUUGCGUUGGACUUCUUCAAGCUGAAGCCUGAGCAGAAUGGCUAUCUGAUGGCCUACUUUGGCAUCGCCUCAAUGGUCGUUCAGGGCGGAGUGGUCGGUCGGCUCACGGCGAGAUACUCUGAGAGCUCGCUGCUGCUUCUGUCCAUCGGCGUUUCUUCUUUUGUGGGACUGGCUCAGGCCUACAUGCAGGACGUGUUCCAGUUCUGCCUCACCGUCGUGCCGAUGAUGUUUUCUCUCAGCGUGUUUAACGUCAUCACGGACAGCAUGCUCACCAAGAGCGUACCGCCCUCCGACACCGGCACUAUGAUGGGGCUGUGUGCAUCCGUCCAGUCGCUGCUUCGCACGGUCGGGCCGACCGUCGGCGGCUUCAUGUACGUCAACUACGGCAUCUCUUCCAUUGGCCUGCUCCAGUUUGUCGUGAACAUCGCUGUGUUUGUGCACCUGCUGCAGCGUCACCUCAGGAAGACACCCGGCCAUCAGGAAUGAAAUUGUUCAUUUGAAGAAAGAAAAAAGCGUAUUUCCUUCCCCAAUUUGUCAACAAACUAACAGACUCGAUGGAAAUUCCGUGUUUGGCUUUAAAAAACAAUCACUUCUUCGUGUGCAUGGAUUUAAACAAUCCUGUCCCAGUCAUUUACAUGAGGAGCUAUUGUGAAGUAUUUCCACCUCUGUGGUGUAGAUUCAAAUCUGACCGACUAGAUGGCAGCAAAUCCUCCAUUUUCCCAGAUGAUUGAAUAUUAUAUGAAUCAACAUCACUGGUAAUUAAACAUAGUUACAUGAGAGGAAAGUAUAUUUUUUACUUAUGUAAUUAUCAUCUACAAUGAUGUAUCAGUUAGAGAUUUUUUUUUAUUUAAAUUUACUUAAAUUGUUAUAUCGAUAAUUCUAUGAAAAUAAAGGCUGUAAUUACUCCCAA